AUGCAGCUGGAGAAGAAUGAUUACUCGAGUCAGGCGAUAACAGCGUCUCCACCUGGCCACGACUCCAAACACCCUUCUGCCGACUUUUCAGAGAAGACGUCGUCCGGGAAUGACCCUGCCGGCGACGAACCGGUCAACACUGACCCCGAGCAAGCACCACCGGCACGCAGAGAGGUAGAACCUCCCCCGGAUGGUGGUUAUGGCUGGCUCUGUGUGCUGUGCGUCUUUUUGGUCAAUGCCCAUACUUGGGGAAUCAAUAUCGUAUGGUAUAUUUUUGGCACAUUAUAUGGACACAAAUACAUUUCCGGGGCAUCAGACCUAGACUUUGCCUUUGUCGGAGGCCUUUCGCUCAGUAUGGCCCAGUUCAUCGCUCCCGUCGCAACCAUCACUACUCGGAAAUGGGGGACAAGGACUACCUUGACGAUAGGAGUUAUACUACAGAGCGCAGCAUUAUUAGGAGCGUCAUGGGCGACCGAGAUUUGGCAAUUGUUUCUAAGUCAGGCCUUGUGUUUUGGAUUCGGGAUGGGAAUGCAAUUCAGUGGUACGGUUGGUAUCAUCCCUCAGUGGUUCAGCCGCCGACGCUCCCUUGCAAACGGGAUUGGAACGGCGGGAUCAGGGAUUGGCGGCCUGAUUUAUUCGUUGGCUACAAGUGCCAUGAUUCAGAGAUGGGGUACUGGCUGGGCUUUCCGGAUCUUGGCUAUAGUAUCAGCUGCUGCGUGCGGCAUCUCCGCUAUCCUUAUAAGGGAUCGGAAUAUGGCCAUUGGAGCUGUCCAAAUUGCCUUCCAUGCCAGUCUUUUGAAAAGACCAGAGUUUCUGCUCACUUUGGCCUGGGGUUGUUUUAGCGUGCUGGGCUAUGUGGCCCUUCUUUUUUCGAUCCCCAGCUACGCAAGCACCGUGGGGCUUACCGUAUCUCAAGGCUCGAUUCUUGGUGCCAUGUUCAAUCUUGGAGGAGGCCUUGGCCGACCAGCCAUAGGGUACGUCAGCGAUAGUUUUGGACCAGUUAACACCGCAGCCGUUUGUACCUUCCUGGCUGGCCUCUUUUCUCUGACAAUCUGGAUCUUUGCCAAAGGUUUUGGGGUCCUCAUCUUCUAUGCUUUGGUUGGCGGCGUUGUUGCCCCAACUUUCACGACUACCGUUGCUCCGGUGGCUACCGAGGUUGUGGGAUUGCAAGUCCUACCAUCUGCCUUGUCUAUACUCUGGCUUUCGGUGGUCAUACCGAGCACAUUUGCCGAACCGAUCGCCCUUUGGUUACGGACCGACAACGGAACCAAUUUUCUGCAUGCCCAGAUAUUUACUGGCUUUAUGUAUAUGGGAGCAGCUAUCUGCCUCUGGUUUGUGCGAGCGUGGAAGAUAACAGACCUGAAGUCGCAAAAGACUGGUGCUGAAGCCGAGGUCAGGGACGAUGAUGCCGUGGUGGCCAGGACAGUGAGCAGAGUUCCUAGUGUGAUGAGCAAGGCAAAGGCUGCGAAGGGAUUGUUCACAGUGGCAAAGGUAUAA